AUGGAUUCGAAUAGCUUGUUGAACAGAAUCGAUCCUCAAGGAGGAGCAGCCAGAGGCGGGGGUCGUGGUCGAGGAGGUCGAGGUGGGAACCGAGGCGCACCCGGAGGCGGCAGAGGACGAGGUGGUGGACGUGGACGAGGCCGUGGCGGCGCUCGCGGUGGAGCAACACAGCAGCCAGGCUCAAACGUUGUCAGCAGCGUCGACGCAACUCCCGACGAGACACCCGCGCCUUCUGGAACCAGCACACCUACGUGGACGCCCAAGGCAAUCGCUCCUGGCACAGACGCUGCCGUCUACCUGACCGAUAACAAGUUCGCCGACCUCAAGGGUCAGAUCGACGACCGACUUCUCUCGGCGAUUCCUUUCCCAAGCAUGUCGGCCGUCCAAGCUGCGACUCUCUCUACGGCGCUCGCUGGCAAGGACGUUCUCGCACAGGCAAAGACCGGAACGGGCAAGACGCUUGCCUUCCUCAUCCCUUCCAUCCAGAAGCUGUGUGCUCUGCCUCGCCCGCCACCUCAAACCUCGAUCUCUGUGCUCGUCCUCUCGCCCACCCGCGAGCUGGCGCUGCAGAUCGAGAAGGAAGCCCAGAUGCUUCUCGCCAAUCUCCAAGGCACCUUCUCCGUACAGCACGUCGUGGGCGGAACCAACAUCGGAGCCGAGCGCAAGCGUCUCUCGCGCGAUCGCAAGGACCUUCUCGUCGCCACUCCUGGUCGUCUUCUUGACCACCUUUCCUCCGACUCUCCCGGUCUCGACCUUCGCAAGGCAUGUCAGAACCUCAAGGUGCUCGUCCUCGACGAGGCCGAUCGCAUGCUCGACAUGGGUUUCCGCAACGAGCUCGAAAAGAUUCUCAAGAUGCUCCCCGAUCCGGUCGCUUCCCAACGUCAAUCGCUCUUCUUCUCGGCAACGAUCCCAUCCUUCGUUCACGAAGUAGCCAAACUUCGACCUGACCACGCCUUCAUCUCGACGCUCACCGAGCAGGACACCAACACGCACGAGCACGUGCCCCAAGAAUCGUACGUCUGCACCCUGCGCGACUGUCUGCCGCGAGCCUUGCAGGUGGUCUUGUCGGAAGCCAUCCGGUAUCCUGCCAACCACAAGAUCUUGGUCUUCCUGCCGACGGCGCGAUCGACGUCGUUGGCAGCAGCGGUGUUUACGCAAUUGCGAGCACAGCGCGGGUCGGCGUAUGCAAAGAUGGGUCCGAUCUUUGAGAUUCACUCGCGCAAAUCGCAGGCGAUGCGCACGAGAACCAUGGAGACGUUCCAGACGAGCGCUUCGGGGAUUUUGUUCUCGUCGGACGUCACGGCUCGUGGUAUCGACAUUCCGGGCAUCUCGCUCGUGCUCCAACUCGGGGUGCCAAGCAGUCUGGAGCAGUACAUUCAUCGAUUGGGUCGAACCGCUCGAGCGGGCAAGGAGGGCCGCGGUGUGCUCAUCUUGGCCGAAUUCGAAGCGUUCUUCCUCAACCAAGCCGAUGUGAGGAAGUUGCCGAUUACAAAACUCGACAUUGCCCAGGUGGAGGCUUCGGCGGGAGUGCCGUUCAACCAGGUGCUUUCGAAUGUCGACGGUGCUAUGCAGAGCAUUGAUCCGACCACAAGGAGUCAGGCGUACCAGGCACAUCUCGGUUUCUACAAGUCCUAUCUCAAACAGCUGAGGUGGACACCGGAACAGCUGAUCGCGUCGACGAAUGAGUACGCACGCGACAUCCUGCAGUGGGGUGCGGGAGAGAGUGGCGCCUGGGUCGGCCCACCGUUGCUCCAAAAGACGGUUUCGAUGAUGGGCCUGAAGGGCAAGUCGGGGUUGAACAUUGUCAGGGAGCUGCCUGGCAAGUCGAACGGUGGCGGCGGUGGGGGUAGGGGAGGCGGUGACAACGGGCUCAAGAGACAGGGUCAGGGUCAGGGCGGACGUCAUGUCAACAAGCGAUAG